GGCAACUGCAGCUUCCGUUGGCAGCGAGCAGACCAGAGGGGCAAUGGCUGAGGAUCGAGAAUCCGAUUUUUACCUAAAGUGGAAGCACUGUGAGACACCCGGUGUUAAGACUCUACACAACUUAAGGAAACUCCUGUCCCGACUCCAGGAGGACCACAAGAAGGACAUCUAUGUGUACACUUCAGGACACCUGAACCCCAGGAAGCUCUACAAGCCACCUGAGACCAUUUUCCAGCACUGGCACAAUUCGAACAGGACAUGGGAGAAACCGACUAGCUCCACACCCACCAUCUCCCAUGUCUCCAGAAACAAAGAAGUAUCAGAGAUGAAGGAUGCUUGGGUUCACUUUACAGUGAGCACAGCCCUGCAUCCUGAUGACACACACAGCUCGCCACUCUUCAGGUACCUGAACCCACGCGUGCAGGCCUCCUGUGCUCUCAAAGAAGAUGGCACCUCCGCGUCUCCACAGGAGGAGGAAAAGGAACUGAAGGAAAGACUUGCGUUUUCUCGUGAAGCACACAGGAAGGAAGAGCUCAGGCUGCCCGAGAUGAAAGUGCUCAGAUACCCAGAGGUGGUAUCCAGCCGUCAGUGCUCCAGGUCUGCCCCAGGCAGGGAUGUGUACCAUUACAUCAGCUCCUACCUAGCUGGUAUAACAAAAGCCGACAGCUACAAGAAGUUCCUGAGUUUCCAAAAAGAAGUGCUGGCACAGGAAGAUAUCUGGAAGUAUGACUUCACGGGGAGCAAGGUGGCUGUGGCCCAUGAGAACAGACUGAAGGAGGAGCUCCAGAAGAUAUGCACCUGCAACCCUCAGCAGUUCAACAGGUUGCAGGUCUUUGGGAAAAUCUUUGAGGAUAUUUGCAACAGCUCUUUGAUCUUUGGGGAUCUCCUGAAAGAGAUUAAGGAUGAAUAUGAACUCUACAUGGCAGCUCUCCUGGACUCACAGCCCACAGCACAAUAUCAGCGGCUCUUGGCUGAAGUCAAGGGGUUGGAGAACAGCCCCAGGUACAGCAGUGACAUUGACCAAGCCAAGGAGCAUCUGAGGACGCUCCAGCAGGCUGCCCUGGCAGCCUUGGAGCACAACGACAAACUCAGGGAUGACCUGGAGGCUGAGCGCGUAUUGCUGCAGUCUGCUAAGGAAAAGGCGGCUAGUAGUAAAAUACAGGACGAGAAGGAACUCACUCUGGUUGAAAGGGUGGAGAAGAGGAGGUGUGAAAUCUUUGAGAAAUGGGAUGAGAUUAAAGCGCUUGAGAAACACAUCAAAGAAAGCCUGGUGCACUCGGGAGUGUCAGAGAUUGCUGAGAGCGGCCUUAAAAGCAUAGAGAACGAAGCCGUAAAGUUGGAAACAACAAACAGAAUCUUAAGGAAGAAAAUAAAAGUUAUUGAAGGCCACAUGAAGCAGCUCUUAAUAAGGAGCAAGAUCAGCAUGGAGGAAAGGCAGGUGCUGUGGGAUCUCAUUAGGGAAUACUCAAAUGUCGAGGAUGUAGAGGAUGACUUUGAAAUGCUUAGAAAGUCGACAUAGGAAGCCUCUGCUUCCCAGACCAACACCGGGAUAGGUUACUGGAGAUGUUUCUUCUUAUCAUCUUUCCCACUGGUCCCGGUGUGGAACGUGCACCAUCCUCCGUGUGACUCGUUUGACUUUAUAUGUGUAUACUGGUCCGCAGUUCAUCUCUUAUGCCGUAACUUUCAACUGGCCAAAACAGGUUUGAAUAUUUAAUAAGAAUGAAGAUUUUUAUCCUGCUGGGAUGGAAAUCAGUUCUGUUUAAGUGCUGACACGUUUCCAUACGUGCAUUUAAUAAAAUAAAUGUCACAGCCG